CAAAGUCCCACAAUGCCCGAGAAGGACUGAGUAAAUCGCGCCUGCGCAGUGAGUACUCCCUCUUUGGACCUACGUCUCUACAGAAACGAUGGCCAAACGCACCAAGAAGGUGGGGAUUGUUGGUAAAUACGGCACGCGUUAUGGCGCGUCGCUGAGGAAAAUGGUGAAGAAAAUUGAAAUCUCCCAGCACGCGAAAUAUACCUGCUCUUUCUGUGGCAAGACUAAGAUGAAGAGGAGGGCUGUCGGUAUCUGGCACUGUGGGUCCUGCAAGAAGACAGUGGCUGGUGGUGCCUGGACGUACAACACAACAUCUGCUGUCACAGUCAAGUCAGCAAUCAGGAGGCUGAAGGAGCUGAAGGACCAGUAAAUCAGUGUUCAAGGAUCACUGGUUCAUUUGGGACUUAUUUUCUAGAAUGUUUCUGGCAUGGCAUGAACAUCCCAAAAUAAAGCCGACUGGAGAAAA